UGAGGAUACUGUCUGGCACCUGAUUGUGAGGCCUGAAUUAGGGUGGUGACAGCAUAGAUGUAGGGCACAGGUAUGAAAUAUAUCAGGAGGUAAAAUCAGUAGGAAUCAAUAACUGGUGUUAUUGGUGCUGUAGGAAGAAAGGAAGAGGGGUGGGGGUGUAGUCAAGGAUGGUGGUCAGCACUGAUUGGCCAUUCCACCCCACACUUGCUCCAGAUGUAUAAGGUAGACCUGUCAGCAGAUCCCAAGGAGGUGGCAGCCAUCGAGGCUAGAAGAAAUCGAGAAAAAGAGCGACAGAGCCGAUUCUUCAAUGUGCAGACCCGAGUCAUGGGGGUGGAUGUCAAAGCCCUCAACAGCCAAGUGGAAGAGCGAAAGCUUCGAGAGGCAACGGAACAGAGCAAGGAGGCAGCUUAUGGUACCUACCAGAAGCAGUAUGAUCUGGUAGCCCAGAUGCUAGAGAAGGAACAGGCAGAACGGACACGUCGGCUGGCCAAGAAACUCCAAAAAUUUCGGGAGCAAAAGCAGCAGCUCAAGAGCAGCCGAGAGUUUGACCUUUGGAAUUCUAGCCAACUCUGGAUGGAGUUUCCAGCCUGUCUGGGCCACAGUGAUCCCCCCUGUGGCCCAGCCAGCCUGCAGUGCUUUGCUGGGGAGGACCUGGAGAGGGCCACGUACCUGAAAAUGCAGCAGGAGCAGUUCAGAAACGGCCUGGAGAGGCAGCUGCAGGAGCAACGUCAAGUCAGGGCUGAUGAGAAGUGUACAGAUAUGCUCAAUGACCAGCUGCGCCUAGCCAUGGACAUGCGGGCCGCCCAACUGGCCAAGCUAGAGGAGUCCUGUCGCGUGGCCAUGAUGUCUGCCACGGCCAGUGCCAACAAAGCUCAGGCAGCUGAACUGGCUGAGCGACAGCGCCAUGAGUGGCAGCAUGAACAGGAGGCCAACUUCAUGGAGAUCCAGAACCAGAUCACGAGUGACCUACUGACGGAGAACCCCCAGGUUGCCCAGCACCCUAUGGCUCCCCACCGGGUCCUGCCCUAUUGUUGGAAGGGCAUGACUCCAGAGCAGAGAGCUGCCAUCAGGAAAGUCCAGGAGGUGCAAUACCAUGAAAAGGAGGCACAGCGCCAGGCUGACCAAGCACAGGAUGCCAAAUGGGAAAGCCAGAACUUUUGCUUGGCCCAAGCAACAAUGGAGCUAGAAGAGCAGGAGAGGGAACUUUGUGCUGAAUUUCAAAGGGGGCUGGGCUCCUUCAAUCAGCAGCUGGAUAAGGAGCAAAAAGCCCAGCAGAAUUAUCUGAAUUCUAUAAUCUACACCAAUCAACCUACGGCCCAAUACUACUUACAGUUCAACACCAGCAGCCGCUAA